UGCAGCCAGAGCGUUCUGGUGGCACCGGAGCAGCUGCGGCGGACGGGCCGUGGCAGCGACCCGAGGGCUCCGCUUGGAAAGCAGCGCUCGGGGCAGGCGGGGAUGGUGUGGUGUCCCCCCGUACUGCGGUGGUUUGGGUUGGAGCCCCUCUGCAGGCUGACCAUGCAGCUCAGGUGGUACUGGCAGAAAGAAAAGAGAGAGCCCUAUGUGAAAUUUAUGGACACAAAUUACCCACCUGGCUUCAGCUAUGAAGAUUUUGGUCCUUUGUUUACAGCAGAAUUCUUUGAUCCCAACCAAUGGGCAGAUAUUCUGAAGGCGUCAGGUGCAAAAUACGUUGUCUUAACUUCAAAACAUCAUGAAGGCUUUACUUUGUGGGGGUCCAAAUAUUCUUGGAACUGGAAUGCUGUUGAUGUGGGACCAAAGCGAGAUCUUGUUUCUGAACUAGCGACAUCUGUUAGAAACAGGACUGACUUGCAUUUUGGGUUAUACCACUCCCUGUUUGAAUGGUUCAAUCCUCUCUUCCUUGAGGAUGCCACCAAUGCCUUUAAGACAAGAAAGUUUCCAACCAGCAAAUCAUUACCAGAACUCUAUGAAAUUGUGACCAAGUACCAGCCAGAAAUAAUUUGGUCUGAUGGGGAUGGAAAUGCUCCAGAUACUUACUGGAACAGCACUGGUUUCUUGGCUUGGCUGUAUAAUGACAGCCCAGUCCGGGACACAGUAGUGACCAAUGACCGCUGGGGAGCUGGCAGCAUCUGUGCCCACGGCGGCUUCUACACGUGCAGUGACCGCUACAACCCCGGGCACCUCCUGCCGCACAAGUGGGAGAACUGCAUGACCAUCGACCGCGGCUCCUGGGGGUACCGCAGGGACGCGCGGCUCCAAGACUACCUCGCCAUCGAGGACUUGGUGAAGCAACUUGUGGAAACGGUGUCCUGUGGAGGAAAUCUCCUGAUGAAUAUCGGGCCCACUCACGAUGGUCGCAUCGCUGUUGUGUUUGAGGAGCGCCUGAGGCAGGUGGGCGCUUGGCUGAAGGUCAACGGAGAGGCCAUCUACAGAACGAAACCAUGGAGAGCACAGAACGACACAGUCACACCUGGAGUCUGGUACACUUUUAGCCCUGAAGAAGGGAAAGUCAAUGCUAUCUUCCUUAACUGGCCGAUCUCUGGGAUUCUGGAACUUGGUGAGCCACAGGCUAAGGUUGGAGAAACACAGGUGAAGCUGGCUGGGUACAAGGAACUGCUGAAAUGGGUUGCCUUGGGAGAAAAGGGAAUGGUUAUUGCUCUACCUCAAUUGACACCUCAGCAAUUGCCUUGUCAGUGGGGCUGGACCUUACAAAUGACUGACGUAAACUGAGCCAUGCUCUGCUGAAGCCCUGGCUAGCAGGGAAUGCUGAUGUUUCACUCUUUCUUCUCUUGGUUUUAAACUUACUUGUUUGACUGAGAAAGACCAAUAAAUUCACUUUUUCUAUGA